AUGGAUGCUCUUUCUGAAGUAAAUGACACCUUCGCCCUCUACCUUUUAAAGAUACUAUGUGAAGACAAUGCUUCUCAUAACGUUUUUUUUUCUCCUCUGAGCAUCCCCUCAGCACUGGCUCUGGUCUUUCUGAGAGUGAAAGGAAACACUGCUGCCCAGAUGUCCCAGGUGAUUUUUUUAAACACAGAGAAGGACAUUCAUGUGGUUUUCCAGUCCCUUCUUGCUGAAGGGAACAAACCUGGUACUCAGUACUUGCUCAGAUCGGCCAGCAGGCUCUUUGUAGAAAAGACUUGUGAAUUCCUUUCAACCUUUAAGGAACUCUGUCUCUGGUCCUAUCAGGCUGAGCUGGAGCAGCUUUCCUUGGCCAAAGUUGCAGAGAAGUCCAGGAAACAUAUCAGUACUUGGGUCUCAGAAGUGACUGGAGCUAAAAUUUGGAACUUGUUGCCAGAAAACACUGUUGAUGAACAGACAAGGCUGGUUGUUGUCAAUGCUGUCUGCUUCGAAGGAAGAUGGAGUGGACCCUUCAAAAAGACAUGCACAAAGGAAAUGCCUUUUAAAAUAAGCCUGAAGGACCAAAGGCCAGUACAGAUGAUGUUCCUUGCCUAUAUAGAAGAGGUGAAGGCCCAGACGCUGGAGCUGCCCUAUGUGAGUGAGGAGCUAAGCACGCUCAUCCUGCUGCCUGACCACAAUGUGGAUCUAAGCUUGAUGGGAAAAGAGCUUACUUUUGAGAAAUUCAUAGCCUGGACCAACCUGCAUCAUAUGAUGUGUACUGAAGUUGAAGUUUUCCUUCCAAGAUUUAAACUGGAAGAGCAUUAUAACAUGGAAUCUGUGCUUCAACGUUUGGAAAUGGUUGAUGCCUUUCAAGUGGGCAAGGCUAACUUUUUGGCAAUGUCAUCUGAGGAAGACCUGUGUCUGCCCAAGUUUGUGCACAAGGCUUUUGUGGAGGUGUAUGAGGAUAGCAUUGAGGCUACAGCUGCCUCACACAUGGAGGCUUUUGACUGUUGCCUGGAAAAUGCGCCAAGGUUCUGUACAGAUCACCCCUUCCUUUUCUUCAUCAGGCACAACAAAGCCAACUGCAUUCUGUUCUGUGGCAAGUUCCCCUCUCCAUAA